CACACUUCAUUGUGCCGUCUUAGCCACCUUCAGCACAAGGCAGGAGUUUUUGGGAAGCUGUAGAGGCCGUUCGAAGAUAGGGAUCCCUUGAGGAGGGGGGUCCGUCGGUGCCACUCCUUAUACAGUGUCUGCGUAUUUAUCCCACUAUCACUUACCUGAUGACAUGAUUCAUGGGGAUGGGCCAGCAGCAGACAUGACAACCGAAGACCCAGAGAUGAAGAAUGCGGACCAAGAUAAGCUUGCUGAAUCCUAUGAGGGACAAGAAUCUGUUGCCACAACGGAGGCCAGGCUGAGGAUGGAAGGUGUGGAAUUUAAAGAGGAAUGGCAGGAUGAAGACUUUCCAAGACCUCUCCCUGAAGAUGACCAUAUCGAGGGGGAUUUCUUGUGUGGCAGUGAUAGCGACGGUAGACCAGUUCCAAGUCCAGUGGAAAUAAACUGCAAUAAAAAAUCAAAGAAGAAACUGGCUGCUCCCAACCUUAGCUUGAACCUGGAUCACAGUGAGGGCUCCAUUUUGUCUGAGGACUUGGAUGAAAGUGGAGAUUUGGAUUUAGAUGAUUUGGAUACCGCAUCUGAAAACAGCAACGAGUUUGAAUGGGAAGAUGAUCUUCCAAAACCAAAGACUACUGAGGUGCUACCAAAGGGUUCUAUACCUGAAUACACUGCAGCAGAGGAGAAGGAGGAAAGCAGACGAUGGCGUUUGUUCAGAAUUGGCGAGCAAGAUCACAGGGUUGAUAUGACUGCAAUAGAACCAUAUAAAAAAGUUAUUAGCCAUGGAGGUUAUUAUGGAGAUGGAUUAAAUGCAAUUAUAGUGUUUGCUGUGUGCUUUAUGCCUGACAGCAGUCAACCUAAUUACCGCUACCUAAUGGACAAUCUAUUUAAGUACGUUAUUGGCACUUUGGAAAUGUUAGUUGCAGAAAACUACAUGAUCGUUUAUUUAAAUGGAGCCACAACACGGAGAAAAAUGCCUAGCCUUGGAUGGCUUAGAAAAUGCUAUCAACAAAUUGAUAGAAGGUUACGGAAAAAUCUCAAAUCCUUGAUCAUAGUGCACCCUUCCUGGUUCAUCAGAACACUUCUUGCUAUCACAAAGCCCUUCAUUAGCUCAAAAUUCUGCCAGAAAAUUAAAUAUGUCUUUAGCUUGGUUGAAUUAGCAGAACUUAUUCCUAUGGAGUACGUCGGCAUACCGGAAUGCAUAAAAGAGUAUGACGAAGGAAAAUGUAAAAAGAAACACAAAAGGUAUCGGCACACAUUCUAUGGGUUGCACCAGAAUUGCUCCAUUUGCUAUGCACAAACUAAUCCCUCCCUGACUGGUUGGCUUGCAUUAAACUACUCGGCAUUAGUACAUAUCAACAUGCACUCCUUAUACGUAAUAGCACUGAACUGCUAAUGGGCAAUAUUAAGGAAUAGACUUCUAUUUGCAAAUAGUUAUUCUGUGGAAAGCUGGUUUAAUUAAAAUCCAGAUGUAUUUUUAACAUAGUAUUGUUUUAAAUUGAAUUCUGAGCAUGCUAUGGUUCAGCAAAGCAAAAGCUAGUCCUGCAUGGCCCCCUCCUGCUUGAUACCCAGUUAUUUCCCCCCCCCCCCGUGCAAUCUGCACAGAUUUCAGUAUUACUUAUGUGGUGCAUCAAGCCUGCCACUGAUUGGAAUUCCAAUGUAAUGUUCUAUUUGCUGUGUUUUUUUAUGUUUAAGCUGACCAGUGCAAUAGAGAACUUCUGGCUGCAAAUUUUGUCACUUGGAAGCAUUUCUUGCCUCCAGUAAUUUGUCCCCUGCACAAGCUUUCUUGCUCGUGAAUGUAAUGCUACUCUGAAACCUAUUACUAUGCAUGCCACAUUCAAUUCAAAUAAUACUUUUCUUUUCCUAUUCAUCAAUUAACUGGAAGGUACAAUCCAUUCAGCCUACAUACCACAAAACAUUUAAUCAUUCUAUAGUUAAAGGCUUAACGUAAUUUUGGCAAUCAUUUGUUUUUGUGCUUAAAGAACACGUAAUAGAUUAUGAUACUGUGCAGUAUUACAAAUGAUAUAUUGAAAUGUCCUACGAUUUAUGUGCAUUUAUUAAUAAGGGUAUUGCAUUUUUCCCUUUAGGGUUUUACAAUGAUUAGUCCGUUUUAACCAAUGUGUCUGAUAUUUACAUUACAGUAAUGAUCGCACAGUAUUUCGUAUAGGACGCUUGAAGCUCAUGGGUAGUACCUAUGUCACCUAUGAUUUGGUAACCAGGGUAUAUCAGAAGAGUGAUGUAAUGCCCAACAUAACAAUGACAAACAACAGUUGACCAGUUUUAUGAUCACUUUAUGUUAUUUUAAAUCUGUAUAUAUAUUCUGGGACUUCUUGUUAUCAAUUGGCAUGGCCUUAAAUGUAAACAACAGACAAAUCGAUGUCUGCCCAGAAGUGAAUAUUCUGCAAUUUAAGGCAUUUUUAAUAAUUGAAGAUGCAUUUAUAAUAAAUAUAUUUGUGAUAUAACGCAGAUAUUGUCUGUAACAAUGGGGACAGUAGGCAGAUGAGAGAUGAUGGUGAACAGAAAAAGAUCUGUUUCAGUCAGCUUAACCCCUUAACUACCAGGCCAUUCUUUCUUCCCUACCAAAGCAAUACAAUCUGCAUUACAUAUUCAGAUGGGUAGUGUACACCUGGCAUUCAUCAAUCCCAGACUCGCCUUCAAACUGCCAGAUGGAGAAAGAGAUUUAUCCUUUCAGAGAACAUCUUUUCACAGCUUCAGAGUCUAAUGGUGGAGACCUGUACAACACUCCAGGCGACAACUGGUCAUAGUGAUGUUAGUGAUGUGUGAAGCUUCUGUUAAAAAGAAAAAAAACAUAGUUGUUAUCCUGAAGUUUCUUGAAGAAAUAGUCUGGAACUCAGCAGUGAAUGUUUCGAGGGCAUGUUGUUUUUGAAUUGUGUCCUGAUACUUUUGGACAUAUAGUUUGUGUCCUUUUUAGCCUUUGCACCAAUGCUAACACCAGCACACAUGCAGUAUAUUGAAUUUCUAAGCCAGAGAGACGUGCAGUGCCAACCGUGCUGCUCCUGUCUUUCAACUUCUGCUUGAUCGUUGUGACAACCUCGACAUUUACCCCCAUCUUUCCCCACAUUGCCACCCCCCCCCCAGCAGCUGCAGGGUCUGCUCCACCCUAUAAUUACGCUGCUGUCUUUUUUUUUAACCUCCACAACAAUUUGUGUUUGUAUUAUUUUUAUUUAUUACAUCAAAUUAACAGCAUUGCACUGUUAAAUAUGCCACUUCUUCUAAGCUGCGUAUUUAAACUUCCAUUGCUGAGAUAAUAAAUAGUAUGUACCUAAAACCAGGAAUAGUAUUACAUUAUAGGCAAUACUAAUGUCAGAAAUCGUAUUUUCACUUUUGUAUUUUUUGAAUUACAAAUCAGCUUGUUAUGACUCUUUUCUUUUGCAGAGUUGAUAAAGAACAAGAAAACAAGAAAACUGAAGAGCAAGCCAGUGGGCAGUAAGUGCAGAUGGAGCCAAAGGCACCUGAAAAACAUACUGCAAGAAAAAGGAGUGAAUUUGUAUUUCUUCAGUUUGUGGCAUAUCAUUAUGGAUUAUCUACUACCUGUCCUUAACGGUUAUUCUACAGAUUUCACUCGGUUAGACAUGAGGAGCUGAUCUGUACUGAGGCAAAACUGUUGAAAAUAAAUAUACAGUCUUUUUAUUUUUAAUAUAAUGUAGAGCAUUGGGGCUCUGACUGGAGACAGUGCAGAUUGUAAGGGUUUGGUUGCUUUUGCAUAUUUGCUGCAUAAAGCGGCUCUGCCUGCAUGAUCUCUGCCAUAUUGAGAUUCAGCUGGUCCUGUUUUGUUUGAUUUAUUCAACCUGGUGCCAAAAACUACUUAACAUUUGCUGCGAUAGGAAAAGAGAUUCAUGGACUUAAGCAAUUGCAAUUAUACAUUUUAGUCACCUGCAGAAAAUAUCAGGAUAUCUCAAAUCAUUAAGAUUUGCAAAAAUUGCUUGGUAACAGAAGAUAGUAAAGACAACUAUAAAGAUAUUAGGGGCACUAAAUGGCAAGUGGCAUUAAAUAGCCAUUGUAGUAAAGUAGCAUUAAUUAUUAGCAGUAAAUAGUUGUUUCUUCAGAACCUUUGGGUUACUGCCUACAUCUAUAUAGCCCAUUAACAGUGAAAUUCUGAAAAAUAAAUCAUUGUCUUGCAGGCCAUUCUGUCUUAUAUUAUAAUAGAUGUUGGACAUUUUUUGUCCUAGUAAUUUAUAAAAUGUAUUAUUUUCUACAGCAUUCAGCAUACACCAAAUUAAUGGUUGCUGACUUCAAACUAUGGCCUCAUGAAUAUCUUGUUGACAUGCAUUGCAGUGCCUAAUGUUUUUUUUUUUUCUCCUAAAAAUGGUUAUUUUGUGCUUCAGGCUUUAGGAUCAGACAACUGAAAUGCCAAUAGAAUGUUAGAUAGCAAUACGUACGUGACAGACUACUGUUCAUUUGUAGCAAGUAAGCCAUUGUUAGAGCAGGAGUAAAUCUAUGAAUGAUACAUUUUUUUUUUUUUUAAAGAAUGUAAACUCAGAUGCAGAGAAAAACAUGUUAAAAAGCAAAAUGUCUUGAUUUUCUGAUGAUUUAAUUUAAGGGCAACUAAUUUCCAUUUUCAGCAGGACUAUAGGAUAGGGGGAUUACAUUUCCUCAGAUUCUAAACCAAAAUGCUGGUAUUUUACAGAAUAUUCUUUUAAUUUUACCAUACCAUUUGUGAUUUUUUUUAACAUGUAACAUCUUCUAAAGUUAUGUCCUUAAACGAAAAA